AUGUGGGUGUAUUUUUUUCCUUUGCACAUUCACUUCGAUUUUUUUUUUUUUUUCUUUUGUGCUUCCAAUUAUGUGCCCCUCUCAAGACGGUGGGGUGGACGAUUUGUAGAAAACAACAACAACAACAACAAAAAACAAAAAAGAGGAAAACAAAUUGGGCUAUUAGUUUUUGCAAAGAUGGUGCUAGCGACUAUUCGCGUGCUGGUCUGUGGAGCAGAAUUUCAUCGAGUGGAGUCAGCGCUUGGAAGUUCCGUAGAGAAUACCAACUUUGCAUGGAAUCGGCGUUACGAAAUAUCGUGUACUUCUUCGACUGGUGUGUCCGAAGCUGACGGUCGGCUGCUGUCCAUGUGCCACCUGGUUGUUCUUACACGAGGAGCCAGCCCACCCCUGGAGGUUAAAAGUUAUUGUGGCAAACCCACCGUAUCACUGGAGAGCGCUCCAGAGGGUGUUGUGGGUAUGCUGAGGAAUUGUGACUUUUACUAUGGUGUGCACGCUUUGGAAAAGCUGCGCUCACUAGUUGUGGAUAUAGGCCUUUCCCCACCACAUGUUAUUUGGGACGGCGUGCUGCGUACGUUUACAAGAAAUGGCGAAUUAUCCAUUCGCCGCGCGUUUUGGCUUCUCGAUAAAGAUGGUGAUGGAGUGUUGAAUGAGGAGGAACUUCUUGCAUGGCAGCGUUCUGUGACAUCAGCCUGCUUUUCAAAAAGUGAUCUUGCUGAAUUGUGUACCCAUUGUUCCUUGAACAAUUUUCCUCCGUCGAUCAAUGGUGAGACCUUUAUGAAGAUGCAGGAGAAUUUCUUGAUGAAUGGUGACGCCAAGAAAGUGUGGGCAACACUUCAUUUAACGGGGGUUUGUCCGGAUGGACUGCCAUAUUCAUGGAGGGAUAUCCACGCGGUUCGUGUGAGCAAAGAGAGCAACACAUAUCUUUCUCAUACCGCCAUUCAGUUCUUUCGGAAUUUGUACAAGCUUCGCCGCUUUUCUGACCUUAACAAUAUGUGGGAUGUUACCCCUGGAUGCCCCUGGAAGCAUGUACAUGGUUUCCUUACGACAGAAAUUCCAUUGGAUAGGUUUAUCGAAUACUGGAAGUAUAUGGCGUUGACAAAUCGGAGUGUGGUUGUGCAGUAUGCUAGAUAUUGGGGUUAUAAGGGGGACACGAUUCUUUUAUUCUUGUUGCGUCAUGCACGUCCUUACCGUGAAGUGGGUGAGGCGGUGCCGAACACAAUUCAAGUUCUGGUGGUUGGUUCCGCCGGAUGUGGACGGAGAAGUCUCAUGUUUACACUGACGGCGUUAGAUGAGGAGGUGUACAAGGAAGAUACGAGUGCAUCGCAAGAAAUGUACGUCCGAACCACGACAUUCCCUGUUAGGCAUGGCGAGGGGGAAGCACUACAGACUGUUGUGUACGUCACAGUGCCCAUUGAAAACCUUACAAAAGUAUUAGAGGACGACACGCUAGAGAAGCAGCUGGACGUGGUAAUUCUCUGUUACGAUGGAAGUCAUAUCGAGGAAACUACACUGCCUAUUAUGCGUGCAUAUCUUGAGGCCAAGGCGUUACCGUUGCGUUGUCGUAAUUUGCCCUUUGUGGUUGUCAUGACGAAGGCGGAGGCCUCGGCGUCAACGGAGGCUCCCACAAAUGAGAGUCAGGUGAUGGAGCGCUUUUGCCGGGAGCAUCAAUUAUUAUGGCCGCCUGUUGUGACAAGUGUUGAGACUCCUGAGGAAUCUGAUAUCGCUGCCCUUAACGAAUACAUGUAUGCAGUAGCCAAGGAACCCGAAAUUGCCGUGGGAAAUGCACCCUUAACUCUCCAGCGGAUAUUGAGACGCGUUGCAAUUGUGACUUUUUUUGCUCUUGCCGUGGGAAGCGUCACGCGCUAUUUUUUUCGACGGAUGCGUGGGAGACGUCAAUAG